AUGAUGGAACGAGAUAGUACACACAAUUUAAACGGAACCGCAAAUAAUUAUUCAUCGCAUUUAUCAGAGCGGUUUUUAUUUGAUCAUUAUGAUAAUAUAGAUCAACAAGAAUUAACAGCUCUAUUUCAACAAAUGUUUUCAAAAAUUAUCACAACAGUCAAUGAAACACAGCAAUAUUCAUCAGUAUUACCACGUGAUGGUACUUCAGCCCUCGUUGCUUUUUUACCAUCAGCACUUAAUGAUAAACCCUCUUCUCUUCUAUGGAGCAGAAUAUCACUUUGGUUUGUUCUAAUUAUUAAUCCAAUUUUGAUUUUUCUGGGGGUGAUUGGCAAUUUUUUAGCCACAUAUAUUCUUAUACGUUGUAAAAUUGCCACGUUAUCUGUCACGUUUUAUACAGUCAUGCUCAAUAUAUCAGAUACACUAAAUUUAUUAAUACCGGUAUUUAUAUUUUGGCUCGAUAAUUGUGUAAAUCGUAAAGGUGAUAAAGGCUAUUUUCGAGAUAAAUCUAAUUUUUUAUGUAAAGCAUUAAUGUGUUCCGAUCAAUUAUUUGCCGCUUUAAGUGCUUGGUAUAUGUGUGCAAUCAGUUUUAAUCGUUGGCGAAGUGUUUGUCGACCAUCGACAUUUUAUAUGAAUAAUAAUAAUAAUAAAAAUAAUAAUAAUAAGCGGUGUACUUAUAAUAGUAACAGUAGUCAUCGAAAACAAUCAUCUUCACAUAUGUUGUUCUCCAUUCUUCAUCCUCAAAAUUUAAAAUCGUUUCGAAGUAUUGCCAUAAUAACAGUAAUAUCAAUAUUAUUAUCAUGUAUUCCAAUAUUUUUUCAUGAAUUACGACCGGUUAUGUCAUCGGAUGCUUACAUGUUUAAUGUAAACAAAAUAAUUGGACAUACACAUUCGGUUAUUUGGAAACGUUGUUAUUACAGUCAUCAACAUGAACGUAUUUACGAUGUUAUUGGUAUUUUAUUAUCGAUUAUCUUACAUAUUAUUCCCUUAACAGUUGUAGCCGGGAUGAAUAUAAUGAUCAUUACAAGAUUACAUCAUCGGCAUACACUAUCAACGUCUUCCAUAGCAAAUCCUGUCAAACAUCUUGAUAAAAAGAAUCUUAUUAUUCAUAAAGAACAAAAGUCAAAAUUAUCAAUUGAUAUUCAAGAACCCAUAUGUGCACCAGUUAUUCCCUUAUCAAUGUCAUUAAAACGGCAACAACGGCAUGUUUCAUUACCCUAUCUUCAAAAACGUGUAUUAUUUACCGGCGUAAGUCUAAAACGCUCAAAAACUGACAAAAAAAUGAUUAAUCACGAAAUCGAUUAUAGUAAUGUUACAAUUGAUGAACCACAAGAAAGACGGUUUAUAAGUAGACACUGUUCACGUGAUCGUACAAUAACUAUAAUGUUAGUAUCAGUUGCCGUCUCUUAUCUUGUUCUAACAUUGCCAUAUCGUCUACUGUGGAUUUCUAAUGUAUGGGUCAAACGUUCAUAUCCAGAACGAUUAAGUUCAACCAGUUAUGCAUGGAAAAUGCAUUAUAUUGAUCAUUUUUUAAGAACAGUACGAAAUAUACACUUUGCAACAAAUUUUAUUUUUUUCAUAUUAUUAUCAAAAGCAUUUCGAGAAAAAUUUCGACAAUUAUUUAUUGAUAAAUUCAAAUCUAUAAUUAGUAAUCAGCCGAAUAAUAAUAAUAAUAAUAAUAAUAAUAUGGAUGUUUGCACAAAUAUUGUUCAAUCACAACAUGUGAAAGGUGAUUAUGAACAGAUUUCACGUGUAGAACAAUUAUGA